CGGCAACCGCGCAAUUCAGUACAGGUUGAACCGCGGACAGGUUAUGUAUUAAAGCCGGGCGCGCACACACAGCGCGACGUUUCGCUCCGAGCGGCUAUCACCAGGCAGGUUGUUUUUUCUUCUCAGUGUGCUGUGAUACGGCGGCAAUUAUUUUGCCAGCAACUUUCGAUCGGGCGACGACAUAUUUUUUUGCGGUGAUUCUCUGAAUAUUUUUGCAUGCAGUAGCGCGACGUUGCCAGUGGCUGUCGCGUAGUACCCGCGGUGCCGAAUGGUGAAAAAAAUGCCCCCCCUGGAUGGCCAGCCGAUAGGGCAGGGCGGCUCAAACGGGUAUGUUCCGAAUGGCCAUCCAGAGUACCAAAUGAACAAUCAGUACCCGCCCGCCUACCACCCUUAUGGGAUGGUUCCGCAGCUCCACACGCCCGCGGUACCAUCUGCAAGUGACGUCGCUAACUGCAACAUGCUGAUUAGCGACAGUAUGGCCAAUCAGCAGCACUGGUUCCAUCCGCAGCCACAACAACCCGCCUACAACUACGUUGCCACUAGCAACACACGCGAAAUGCGAAACAAGGCGGAAAAACAGCGUCGCGAUCGGCUGAACGCCUUCAUCAACGAGCUGGCCAAACUGAUCCCACUGGUGGCCCGAAGUCAAAAACGCCUGGACAAAACCAGCAUUCUUCGACUGGCUGCCACCCAUUUGCGGAUCUACCAAACUUUGGUCAAGCGAAACGGCACGCCCCAGAUGGAUUUGCCGCCCCAAGUCGAUCAGUUCCUUCUCGAUCAGCUAAUAUGCGACGAAAUGGGCAGCUUCAUGCUCAUUCUGAGCCCGGUGGGCAAAGUCAUCUUCGUUUCGCACACGGUCGAGACCCUGUUAGGGCAUCUGCAAACUGAUCUAAUGGGCCAAUCACUGUUCACGGUCACGGCCCUUGAGGACCACGAGAAGCUGCGCAUGUAUCUGACGGGCGAUGGAGAGAUGAUGCCCGGCUGGAAAAAGUACUUUACGGUGAAGAUAAAGCGAGCCGGCCCCAAAUCGGAAACGCCCCAGUACGAAUCGGUGCGAAUGAUGGGCGUCCAUAAGAACCUUUUGGCUGGCAGGGAGAAUGUGAACAACAAUGAGGAGAACGGGCAGGGCUCCUGUUCAUCUUCAACGUCGUCCCUACCAGCCGCAAUGAACUCAGAAGUUUUGAUUUUUCUGGUGAAAAUCACCCGUCCUCAGCCGCUGGUGGACCGGCUAGUGAUCGCCACUAGAGACGAGUACCGGACUAGACAUUUGAUCGAUGGGCGGAUAGUCGGUUGCGAUCAGCGCAUAUCGCUGAUCGCUGGCUACAUGAUCGACGAGAUCCAAGGCCACAGCGCCUUCCAGUACAUGCACAAGGAAGAAGUGCGCUUCGUGAUGAUCGCGUUGAGACAAAUGUAUGACAAAGGCGAGAGCAAAGGCAACUCCUGCUAUCGUCUCAAGUCGCGCAACGGCAACUUCAUCUACCUGAAGACGUUCGGGUUUCUGGAGAUCGACGAAAACGGCAUUGUCGAGUCGUUCUUGUGCGUCAACGUCCUGGUGGAUGAGCAGGAGGGCAAGGAGCUGAUCAACGAAAUGAAGCGACGCUUCAGCGCUUUGUUCACCAGCUCGUUGGCCAAUUUGCCGCAAGCAGAACACGCGGGUCCAGCCUGGAAGCAGAAUGUGCCGGCUUUGCCCACGAUUUCGCCAUCCAAGGUGGAUCGGACGGAGGACCCGCAAGCUCUGGAAUUGGCCAUCAAUGAGCUGAUGCAGAAUCUUCCCUCUCCGGAAAUGGAUGACUCCGCUAGUCCAUGCUCUGGAUCCGAUCCUCAAUGCAGUCCAAUUGCCAAAGUCCCGGCCUUAUUUGUAAACAAAACACCCGAGUUUCCAGCAGCGAAGCCUCCACAUCUGCGCAUUUCAAAGUCCAACGGCAAGAGGGGCUCGAAUGAGUCGCCCGAUCACGUAAAGAGGCAGCGACUCACCAGUGUGGAUUCGCAGCCUCCUCAAUUGUCGCCCUCCGAAAUGCCGUUCUGCAAUGGGCCGCUCGUUGGCGGCACCGAAAGCCUGAAGAUGCCAAAGUUGGAGGAGCAAUAUUCGCCGUCAGACCUGCUGAGGCAUCGGCCAUCGUAGAGAGACGCGGCAAUGAGUACAAUAGAGACUGAACAUGGGCCAUACUUAAGCGAGGAGGACGAGGAACAGAUGAAACGGCACUGAAGAGACGGAGGAGGAGGAUCCGUUUAUCGAGAGCGAGAGCGAGAGGCGCUCCUGCAGAAGACUGAUUUACAUUAGAAAAUUUUUAAAUAAUCUUUAGUUGGUCGGCGGAUACCCUAACAGAGGAGGGAAAUGCGUUUUUUUUUCAUCCCCCCUGAACACUAUGGAAGCGUGAACUGGGAGUGAGACACACACUUCAAAAGAAUUCACCACCAACAUCUCUUUUAGAGAUUUAGACUCGGUUAUUCCCAGCUGAAAGGUGUACUUAAUAGUUAGCAGGUCUUGAAAAAGCCCUUCCAAACUCAAAUUUGCUGUUGUGUUUCACUCCGAUGACCAGAUGGGUAUGUGGACUUGACCAGUGCGAAUCGUCCACGAACGUUAAAUGAAUUGAAAGAGUGCAGCUUGUUUGGGCAAUGGAUAUUUGGUUGCUUGCUGGUACAUAAGUCGAAAGGCACGUGAAACUGCAUCAAUUUCCUUUCGGUUUGGUGCAGUUCUUUGCUCAACCCAGUGCCUACACCGAGCAACAACGAAACUGCAGUUUGCCAACAAUCCAUCUGGUAUCGGUUCGAUCUUUGAUCGUCUUAAUGGAGAAACCUCAAUUAUUUAACGAGGGAGAGAGCUGCGACGUUCCAGAAUUUAAAGUAAAUUAUAAGACUGAAGUACUGAUUAAAAUUUAACAAAACUACCAACUAAUCGAUUUUCUAAAAGGACGUUAUAGAAGCAACGAAAGCGACUUAACGCGUAUUUGGCAGACUCUCUCGAAGCCAGGCCGAGUAUCUACCAGCAAGCGACGCGUUAUCGUUAAUUUCUAGACCGUAAGGAACAUUGUACAAUAUAUUAUAGAUAGAUUUUGUGAAAACCUGUACAGAUUUCUAUUAUUCUCAUAAAUAUUUGUUACGUACGGUAAGAUAAUUCUUAGGAAUACCUGUGAUUGUUGACAUAAGAGCCGUUCGCCGGCGUGUUCAUUGCUGUUCGGCAACAAUAAAUUCAUGGCCCAACAGCACCGAACGCGCCGCUGAAUUUUUGUUAAAUGUGUUAGAACGAGCGAAGUGUUGUUGGGUGAACGCGAUUCGAUCGGCACAGUUUUUUUCCUGUUUUGUUGAUACCUGUUACAUAAGUAAGUUCUUUUGCCCUCAUUUUCCCCCGCAUCGAGGCAUCUAAUCACCCACAGUGUGCUCUUGCCAGACCCUUCCAGUCUUAGCAGUUUGCGCGCUGUGGACACACUAACUGGGAUCUGGGAUGAUGAUAAUUGCUUUGGUUACUGAUGAUUCAUGGGCAACACGGGUCUUGCAAAAGGGUCGAUUCUAGUAGGUUAAGCGACAUUGUAUGAAUCACAUUAUUUGUUUAAUAAAUAAGUCGUUUUUAUUA